GAGCCAAUCACUACACAAUGUUAAAAAAAACAAACAAUAUAUCUGUUCUGUGGUUUCCUCCGUGCGUUACCAUGGCGACUGUUGCCCGGCUGUGAAGCUAGUCGGUAUCCAGACGAAGGCGAUGGUGGCUUAAACUAAACCAAAUCGAUCUCGACAUGGACGAUUGCGUGCAACUGGGUGAAAGUGGCCCAGUUAAAAACUUGGCAAAAUCUGGCCGGAGAGCCCGCCUCACAGCAGACCAAUCACUUGGAGAUGCCCGCAACUCCAAGAAGUCCUCCACAUCUGCUUCUGCUGGAGACGAUGACGAUGAGGACCCUCCUCCCAAACCGCCAAGGAGGCAAGGCGGCUGGGCAGAAGAAAGCUCCGGAUCCGGUCCUGGCAAAUCUUCAAGAAGAGCAGCUGCAGACGACCUGGAAGACCGCCGGCUGAGACCACAAACUCCCCCAGGAUCAGAUGAUGAUGGAGAUAUUCCAGUCAUUCCAGACUUGGAUGAAGUGCAGGAAGAAGAUCUCAACAUGCAAGUAGCAGCUCCACCGAGUGUUCAAGUCAACCGGGUAAUGACCUACAGAGACCUGGACAACGAUCUGAAAUAUUACUCUGCAUUCCAGACUCUCGACGGAGAGAUCGACUUGAAGCUUCUCACAAAGGUUUUAGCACCAGAGCAGGAGGUGAAGGAGGAAGAUGUGCUCUGGGACUGGGAUCAUCUGUUUACAGAGGUGUCCUCGGAGCUGCUCACGGAAUGGGAUCAAGGAGAGAAUGACGAGCAGGCUUCAUAACCCACAAUUUGAGCACAAAGUCCGGACUGAAUAGCGUCCGGUGGGGACUGAGAAACCAGCGACGUGAAUCAUCCGAACUUUUGUGUGAUCCAGAAUGUUUACUGUAUUUCUUAACUUGUUUAUAUUGUACAGUUUGUCUUGCAUUUCCUACAUAAAGUUCACGAGUAAGUGAA